AUGGCAAACGAGGAUGCUACGUGGAUUCCUCUGCAGAAUGCCCAGACUCAGGACCUGGAGCGUAAUGACACUCAACACUUUCUGCGGAAUGAGACGGUGGAUUACUUCUCCUGGAGUGGCCUAACUGUCACCGUCAAGGACCGACAGACGAAACAGGCGAGGGAUCUCCUGAAUGAUAUAACCGGGGAUGUGCAAGCAGGUGAACUCGUGGCUCUAAUGGGCCCAUCUGGGUGUGGAAAGACCACACUACUCAAUCUACUGGCUCGUCGGCCUGCUGCACCUGGGAGCAAGGUGCUAGGAGGUAGCUAUGUGAACGGUGCCGAAGUGAACGCUCUUUCGUUUCGGCAAAUGACAUCGUAUGUUGAGCAGGAAGACGCGCUGAUUGGGUCUCUAACUGUACGGGAGACGCUCAAAUUUGCAGCAGAUUUGUCGCUUUCAACUUCUGCUGUUCCCAAGCGCGAGCGCAUGUCGCGCAUCCAGAGUCUCCUUGAAGCAUUCGGUAUCCAGAAACAGGCCAGUACCCUGGUAGGGACACCCAUUCGAAAGGGAAUCAGUGGUGGACAGAAGAGACGCGUCAGUGUCGCAAGCCAGCUGAUCACCCGCCCAAAUAUCCUGUUCCUGGAUGAGCCCACAAGUGGUCUCGAUUCGACAGCCAGCUUUGAGGUCAUGUCUUUUGCAAAGAAGAUUGCAAAGGCGAACAAUAUUAUCAUUAUCACAAGCAUCCACCAACCGUCAACAACAACUUUCCAGCUUUUUGACAAGCUUCUUCUCCUUUCUUCAGGACGAACAUGCUACUUUGGCCCUGUUAAAAAUGUGGACAACUACUUCAACCAGAUCGGUCAUUCAAUCCCUACAAGCAUGAACCCCGCCGAGUUCCUUCUUGAUAUUGUUAGUUCCGACUUUGACGAUGGUAGCGGUGGUGCGCCCGAACGGGUUCAGCGGAUCCAGAAAGCUUGGACGGAAUCCAACGAGGCAAGGGCUGUCAUGCGUUUAGUGUCUGAGCGCAUGGAAGAAUCUGGUAAAGGCAGGACAGACAUGUCGUCUGGGGAAGUGGCGCGACCGGGGCCAUUGAGGAUCACUGCAGUCCUGCUUCAUCGGGCGUUCAUCAAGAGUUACCGGGAUGUUGUCGCCUAUGGCAUUCGAAUUAUCAUGUAUCUUGGUAGGCGUAUUCCGUUCCAGGGUUCUCUUUGA